CUAAACACUUGAAUUUCUCUAGUCAUCGUGAUGUUUAACAAUCAGUUUUGUGUCAUCACUUGACAAGCAGCGUUCAUUCCACACAGUGUUCUAUUCUCAGUUUUAAAGUUACUUCCAAAGAUGUCAGACGCGAGUUUAGAUUUGUUGAGUUUUUCCAACCCAGUAUUCGAUUCUUAUGCGUACUGGGGCGCUAUUUUGGUGAUCAAGUGCAUGCUGAUGAGCAUAUGGACAGGCUAUUUUCGAUUCAAAAACCACACGAUUGUCAAUUCCGAAGAUCUGAAAAUAGCCGAAGCGCUUGGUCAUCGUAAUGUAAAACUGAAUACGAAUGAUCCAGAUGUUGAGCGCGUUCGACGCGGUCAUUUAAAUGAUUUGGAAAAUAUUUUGCCGUAUCUAUUUGCUGGUUUGUUCUAUGUAUUAACCAAUCCAUCGGUUGGCGUGGCGUCGACUCUCUUUAAAUUGGCAGCUUUGGCUCGUAUUGCUCACACCAUCGUCUAUACCGUCAUUGUGAUUCCACAACCAGCUCGAGCACUCACAUGGUUCAUUCAAUACUUCAUCGCAAUCUACAUGGCUGUUUCAGUUGUACUCUAUAGCAAAUAAUUGUGAAAUAUUUAUUAUCCAAUAAAAAUCGAUAUGAUAACAGUUAUCAAUGAUCAAGUGCGGAAGUGG